CGAGCCUCAUAGAAAUAUACCACACCAGGGGAGGCAAAACCUAGGACCUUUGGCCCAAGUGAUAGAAAGACCUGGGUAAUUUCGCACAAGUUUGGGAUACCUUUUGCUGAGUUUAUUUUGAUACCUUAACUAUAACAAGAUCCAAUGUUUUCCUGCUCCCUGAGGCUUGCAGCCCUAUCCAACGCCAUGCGCCUUUGCUUAUCCAAUCAUUCUUUCUUUUCCCGACUCACUUCCUCGCGAACCUCUCUCACCACAUUCAUGAAUUGGCUCGCACCAAGAGCUGUCAAAAUAUGCCACCAGCCGUGGAACUCAAGAAGCCAAGCCCAGGGCAGUCCAAUGCGCUGUCGAAAGUUCCUCAACUCGGCGCAGAAUUCAAGAUCGAGGUUCCAGAUGAAAUAUCCAAACAGGCAGGUGAACGUUGCAGUCCAUACUCGAAUGGACCAAUCGCGUACAUUCUCUUCGGAAAAUGUUGGCUUGGCCCAGUGGAAUAGGUAGCGAACACGCACGCCGAUGACGAUGAGCGAAACCCAGAAGCCGAUGACCUGAUAAAUGAUCUUGGCAGAUCUGACGUAGAAUACCGAGAAGGAAAUGAAGAAAAUUGCCAGGACGAUCGAGAUGUAGCGGAUGUUUUGAGGAGACUGUCGUAGGAUGACGAGCGAACGCAGCAUCGACCAAGACAGCAACAGCAUUGACAGUUCAUCGACAAACUCCAACGUCUGGCGAAGAGUUGCAUGGAAGAGAAAUGAACCAAAGCCAAGAACCAAGAGCGAGACAGACAUAAAAUCCCACUUCGGAUCAAACAGUCCACGGCUGCGACUACGCGAGCCAUACAUGGACCGAAGAGCCAAGUAGACUACAAAAGGUCAGCUGUGGCCAAGGAUCCAGAUCUUGCGGCGUGACACAAGAACUUACCCAUAAUCUUCCUCACAAAAGCUACAAUCAUCGAGUCAGUGAACCAUCGAUAUCGUUGACAGUUAGGGUGACGUCGUACUUGGCCCUGCUAGUUGGGGGACUCCAAACUCCAUCCAGCGAGUGAGGAUCGCCGUCGAAACGAAGAUUAUGAUGUCCCAUCUUGACUAUAGUUAUCUCGUCGAGAAUAAUAAAGACUAAAGUUAGUUCUCCUCGUUGAUUUCUUCUUCUUCUUUGCUUUGGUCGAGGCGUGAAGGAAUGAAGAUGCCAGUGGUCGUUGGCUCGGGGAUAAUCACGUGGCAGUAUUCCCUGCUUUUUCUCACCAGUGAUCCGCGGCUCAUGAUGAAUCACGGACGAAAAAAAAAAAAAAAAGCCUGUAUUUAUUUUCUGGUUUUCUAUGAAAGCGAUCAAAAACGACCGUUUCAACGAAUCAUGAACAGUCUAUUGUGCUGCCAUUUUUCGCACCGAACCCGCUUUCUCGUUUAAGGGCUGAACAGGCAGACAAAAUGGGCAGACAGUGGGUGAUAGAGGGGCGACUAGAUUCGAGACAGCCUCGGUUACUCGCGUCAUCUCAUGAUCUCUCUCGUCCCUUGUAAUUCCUCCUAGCUAUUGUUGGCCAACGCGCGUUCUCAUUCAGGACCUUCUCCUUUCGAUCCGUGCAUGUCCUCUUAUAAAUUGGCCACGUGGUGGUGGUUGAAGAACGACUGGUACCCGGUCAGAUGUGCUCCUUUGACGAGUAUUUUCUUCAACUUACUAUCGACGUGGCUCUUGAGAGCUCGAAAUUCUUCCAGGUCUCGAAGCAUCUUCGCUUCUCAGUGACCCUUCACGACUCCGGUGUUCGGGACAUAGAUAGGUCGCGGCAGCUGUCCAGCCAAGGCGUACUACACCUCACGAUAGGCAAACUGCGUCGCCUCCACGGUAAAGAGAGUGGCAUCAAACCUCUCUACUCCCCUGUCCUCCGACUUUCGCUCCCUAGCCACGUAUUGUCGCGUUCGCAGGCAAACAGACAUUGCCCAAAGGUCAUCGCGCGUCGCCUUAGAGGCAAUCAAAGGAGCCAUCCAGUCGAGGUAAGCCGUGAUACCAGAGCCGAUGGUAUCGGGGACGCGUAUGAUUCGUAAGAGUCCGACGACGUGGUGAUGAAGGCGUGGCGACUGCUUCACAGUGACCUGGCUGUAGAUCCAAGGCUGGUACAGCCCUGGUGGUCCUUUGUACAUUUCAGGAGGGGUGAAGCGGAAGUUGUACCAUGUCCCAUCACCAAGCUCGCGGUGCCAGUAGAUUCCCCAUUCGAACUUCUCGGAGC